GGUAUGAAAUGGCUUUGAAUUAAAUUGCAUCUUUCAUGCUGGAUAUCAGAACUCUUGUUUUUCAUUGCUUGCUGUAACGCCGUUCCGAAGCACCAUGGAUAACAUCUAUUCCCUGACUGCUCACUACGAUGAGUUCCAGGAAGUGAAAUAUGUCAGCAAGUACACUAGCGGCAGCACCCUAAGCAACGGGCCGAACCUGCAUCUGGCCGGUAGGAAGCAGCCCGGGAGUGCCCUGCCACGCUGGAGCAAGCGGGAGAUCUGCCUCAUGUCAGCCCUGGUCUUCACCGCCGGGCUGUGCGUCAUCCUGGGCACCAUGCUGGUGCUCAAGUACCUGUCCCUGGAGCCAGAGAGCCACUGCCUGGAGGACUGCCAGAAGAAGAAGGCCUUCCUCAGGGCCUCUCGCGUCAUCUCGGGAAACAUCGACCCCACCAUCGACCCCUGUGCGGACUUCUACUCCUUUGCCUGCGGGGGCUGGCUGCGGCGCCAUGGCAUCCCUGAAGACAAGCUGAGCUAUGGGAUCAUCAGCGCCAUCGGGGAGCAGAACGAGGAGAAGCUGCAGAACCUCCUGCUGCGGCCGGUGCGACUCAAGGACAGGGACUCGGCCGAGAGGAAGGUCAAGGAGUUCUACCGCUCCUGCGUAGACAUGCGGGAGAUCGACCGGCUUGGGGCCCAACCCAUGAUGGACGUGAUUGAGAGCUGUGGGGGUUGGGACCUGGCAGGGGACUUCGACGAGCUGCUCUACAGGACCCAGGGGGUCUACAGCACAGCCGUGUUCUUCUCUCUGACCGUCAGUGUGGACGAUAAGAACUCCUCCAGGAAUGCCAUCAGGAUUGACCAGGAAGGGCUCACCUUACCAGAAAGAACCCUCUACUUGGGGCAGGAUGAAGACAGUAUCAAGAUUUUAGCUGCCUACAAGACGUUGAUGGAGAGGCUGGUGAGUCUGUUGGGAGCGGAAAAUGCCACGCAAAAAUCUGAGGAGAUCCUGCUGCUGGAGACGCGACUGGCCAAUAUAACUAUUUCAGAGUUUGAUGAACAAAGAAGAGAUAUCAGCACCAUGUACAACAGAAUUACCCUGAGGCAAUUACAGAGGAUAGCGCCAAGUCUACACUGGAAACGUUUGCUGGACAGGAUAUUCCAUGACAACUUGUCAGAAGACGAGGAGAUCGUCGCACUUGCCACGGAUUACAUGCAGAAAGUGUCCGACAUCAUCAGGACCACCCCAAAAAGGGUCCUGCACAAUUACAUGCUGUGGCGCAUCGUGGCGGCGCUGAGCGAGCACCUGUCCACGCCGUUCCGCAACACCAUCCACGAGUUCUCCCACGAGAUCGAGGGCACGGAGCAGCAGCUGGAGCUGGGCCGCAUGUGUCUGAACCAGGCCAACAAGCACUUCGGCAUGGCCCUGGGGGCCCUCUUCGUGGAGGAGUACUUCUCCUCUGCCAGCAAGGCCAAGGUGCAGCAGCUGGUGGAGCAUAUCAAACACUCGCUGGACCGACGGCUGCAGGAGCUCGACUGGAUGGAUGAGGUGACUAAAGAGGCAGCCAGGGCCAAGCUGCGCCUUAUGAUGGUGAUGAUUGGUUACCCAGACUACCUGCUGAAGCCAGAAGCCAUCAAUGCAGAAUACAGGUUUGAAGUGAGUGAGAAAACUUACUUCAAGAACGUGCUGAACAGCAUCAAGUUCAACAUCAAGCUCUCUGUGAAGAAGAUACACCAGGAGGUGGACAAAACAGCAUGGCUUCUGCCCCCCCAGGCCCUUAACGCAUACUACCUGCCUAAUAAGAAUCAAAUGGUUUUCCCAGCUGGAAUACUGCAGCCCACCCUUUACGACCCAGAAUUUCCUCAGUCGUUAAACUACGGUGGGAUCGGUGCUAUCAUUGGCCACGAGCUGACGCACGGCUAUGAUGACUGGGGCGGACAGUAUGAUCGCUAUGGCAACCUGAAGCAGUGGUGGACGGACGAGUCCUACUAUAAAUUCCAGAAGGCGGCUCAAUGCAUUGUGCAGCUGUAUGACAACUUCACUGUCUAUAACCAAAGGGUCAAUGGCAAACUCACUCUCGGGGAGAACAUUGCAGAUAUGGGAGGCCUCAAACUAUCCUAUUAUGCCUAUCAGAAGUGGAUCAGAGAGCACGGCCCAGAGCAGCCUCUCCCAGGCCUCAGAUACACUCAUGAGCAGCUGCUGUUCAUCGCGUUUGCCCAGAAUUGGUGCAUGAAGAGGCGAUCGCAGUCCACGUACCUGCAGCUCCUGACAGACAAGCAUGCCCCGGAGCAUUACAGGGUGAUCGGCAGCGUCUCCCAGUUCGACGAGUUUGGCAGAGUGUUCCAUUGUCCCAGGGCAUCUCCGAUGCACCCCAUCCACAAGUGUUCAGUGUGGUGACCGAACUCAGAGUCAGAACCCUGCUCCGACUCUGUGCCCUAUUUAUUAAUUUUCUAUUUGCUCAUUUUUGUUUCUUGCUUCCCUUUUGGAUGUUAUUUUUAUAUAUUGUAUACUGUAUGUUUAUUACCAACCCAUGCAUCAUAAUAACUGUUUUUUUGUACGUCGUAACAAAGCAAUUUCUGCACACUGCUUUGUAGCCAUUGAGCUUUUGCCGAUGGAUAUAAAACAUCCAGGAAUUUAAAUGAGAACAAAGCAACGUAUAUCAAGUUAGAGGAAAGGCAGGAUAAAGUUACACUUAAAAUCGCAAACUUCUGGAGUGAGUUUGGGGGGGAGGACUGAAUAUUUGCUUCUAACGCAAGAGGUGUUUUAGCAGAGUUUCUACAUCACCAGAAAGACUUUUCCUUUUAGUACUUCCAUUAACAUGUAUUUUUACAAAGCAGACUUGCUAAAAAAAAUGAAUUAAACACUCCUCCAACGUGAGAAAAGCCAUCCACCCACUCAGAUACAUUCGACGGUAUUUGCGUUCCCUAUAUUAUCACGCAUUCUCCUGCAGUCGUUAUAAUUACUACUGCAAUUUGUUGUAUUAUGUACAGUUACAUUACACAGUGUAAAGCUGACACAAUGAUAGAGAGCAAGGAUGUCUAGCCAGGAACCCCUUGAAACAAGACCAGAGACCUCGUCCCGGGUGCAACCUGGGUAAAUGAAACCCCAAUAAUAAUGAACUGAACUGAACAGCUCCCGCCACUAAAACAGUUGUGAAAGGAGAAAAUGUGAAACGUGCACCGCAUUGACUACAAGGCAAGCAGACACGAUGGGCUAAACUCUCAGGGGUUGCAAGAAGCUUGUCUGUAGUGCAUUACAGAAAGGAGAGGCUGCAGAGCAGGGGUUUGAUAGAACGGGACUUUGAGAGGGCAUUGCUGCAAAGAAAUCAACACGUUUAACAGGGAACACUGGCACGCGAAGUUUCAAUACUGAAUGGAAUUUGUAAAACAAAAUGAGAUGUUAUUAUCGGUGUUCAGUGUCCUGAACCACCCGCUGUGGAACAACGUAACUACAUACUGUUAUUAAUUAUUGUGCUUUUUGACUCUUCGCAUUAUGUGCUCAUUUUAUUAAUCACUUUUCAACCUGAAAUGUCUACAAAGUAAAAAUAUAAAUAAAAAAUCCAAAUGUAUUCAUUCA